AUGGAAGUCGCGGAAAAGUCGGAGGAAAAGAUGGAAGAAAGCCAGCUCGAUGGAGGCCUGACACUGGUGAGGAUGAUCCUCAACCAGCCAGAACUGAGGCUCGUCGAUCUCACAGAUGGUCACACCCUCAAUCGCUUCAUCAAGGAGUUCGACAAGCGCCCAAUCAUCAAGCAGAUCGAGCAAGCAAAAGAAAUCGCAGAAAGGAUUACGGGGAUGGAAGAUAACCUAACUCCAAUUUAUCCCGAGCAAUCUUCCGAAAUGAAUGAAGUCGAGCUCAGAAGAGGAUUCAAAUCGCUCCAAGAAAAGCUUGUAUCGGCGGUCGAAAGCCGUGACAAACGUCAGAAGCAACUGAAUGAAGCUUUGCAGGAACGCGAUCAAGUUGUCGUCAACACUGGCAACAUGGUUUCAAAAGCUGUUCCAGAGUCACCUGGUCGCCAGAACACGCAUUCUGAGCUCGCCGAGGCCAAGUCAAUGAUUCGACUCUUGAAAGAAGAGCUGACAGAAAAAGAAGAAUUCGCAGGACUGAGUGAAAAAGAAGCUGAGAUCUCUCGAGCGAGGGAAAAGGAAGCUCGCGAAGAGAUUCACAACCUUCGUGCGCUUCUUGCUCAGGCUCGUGCUGAUCAGGAUGAAAUCGAUGAGCUGAGAACAAAAGCGGAACAGCUUUAUAGAACGCAGCAAGAGUCUAGCAGGCUUCGAGAGAAGCUAUCUGACUUUUCCUUCUACAAAGCGAGAGUGGAAGAACUUCAAAAGGACAACUCAAGUUUGUAUGAGGCUCGGGCAGCGCUAGAAACAGAAAUUUCUGCGCUUCGUAUUCGAUUUCAAAGUCUUGGCGAUGAACACGAAAUAAAUCUCAGGCUGCGCGAUCAGAUCGGUGACCUGGAAGAUCAGAAUAUGGAAUUGAAUCAGAAGAUUCAAGAACUUCAAGACGAGCAGAGAAGGCUCAAUGUGGACAAGAAUAAUUCUUUGGACACAAUUACUGAAGAGCCUGGAUCACUAUCAUUCAUUGAGGAGGCUGAUCGACUGAAUGCACCAGAAAUCAUUCAAUUGCGAUGUGACAAUCAAAGAUUGAGAACGCUUAAUGCUGCUCUCCAGGAACAACAAAAAUCUCACUCAAGAAGAGUCGGUGAUUUGGAAGGCGAUUUAUACAAAGCAAUGGAUGAGAACAAGAAGCUGAAGGCAGAUUUGCUGUCAGCUAACAAUAGCCUUAUCGACUUCAAAGAAUUUGCCCAGGAAUCGGUAAAAGAUGGAGUUGACAUUGACGAGAUCGUGCGAAGGAUUCAAGAGCGAGAUGAUGAACAGCGACAGAGUAUUGAAGAGAAAGUCUGGGAGAAUCGUAUCAAAGAGGCUCAUGAAAAGUAUGAGUUGCUGAAGUCAGAAUCUGAAGCCACUGCUUUGCGAGCAUCUGUCGCCGAAGAAAACCUUGAAAAAAUAAGCUCUGAGUUGAAAAUUACGGCUGACAAAGAGCGUAAGAAGUUUGAGAAGGAGCUUCUAGAGAAAGAAGGAAAUCUUUUAGCGACAGAAAAAUCCCUUCGAAUCGCGGAACGAGAGGUUGAAACUCUCAUUCGACAGCAAGAGCAGCAAAAGCUUGAGGAAGAGCAGCAUCAACGAAGCGAAAGUAGAAGAAUUCAGCUUGAAACUGAGAUCGACAAGCAGAGAGCGCACAUUGACAGACUGACUGAUAUCAUUGAACGAAGAGACGAUGCGAUAAAGAAGCUGGAGAAAGAAGUUGACACAGCGACUUCUGCAAGAAGGACAGCUGAGUCAACGAUUCGCGAGCUUCGGAACUCAACUUCUCCUUCUGAUCCAGUUGAUUCGGAACAGAUGGUGCAGUUGAAUCAUGAGCUGAAGAAAAAAGAAGCUGAGCUGAAACAGUUGAAAAGAAAAGCCGACCAAGAGACGCGGGAGAAAGAUAAUCUCGUUGCUGAAGUAAAAGCAGCGCAGAAUAAAGUUCAAAAACUCUCCUCCGAAAUACGCGAGCGUGAUGAAAACAUAAACGACUUACGUAGCGCUGACCUCUCCCGUGCCCAACUUCAGCGAGACUUCGAACUUCAAAAGAGUCUGAAUGAAAAAAUUCAACAAAGCCUUGUCGACGAAAAAGUCAAGUACCAAUCCCUCGAAGCCGAGGCGAAAGCAGCGCGCAAACGUGCAGAUCGCUUGGAAAAACUAGAGAUGGAGAAUGAAGACAUUCGACGAAAGUGCAGAGCCCUCGAGCGCGAAAUGGCGACGACGAAUGACGUUCAGAAUGAUGUUGGAGUGAUCCGAAAUGCCCUGGAAGACAUGGGUAGAGAUUUGCAUGACAAGGAAAUUGAAAAUGAGCAACUUAGAAAUCAAUUAUCUGUCUAUGAGGACAUGACAAACGAUUCUAAUUCUACCUCGGAUGCAUCCGCUGAACUUCGUAAACGAAUAGCUGCACUUGAAGUCGAGAUCGACGUUGCCCAUGAAAAACAGCAAGAACUUGAGCGUCGUCUUCAGAGUGAGCAGGAGAACUUCCAAGCAAAGAUUCAACUCGAGGAAGAGAAGCGAAAAGUCAUUAUAGAAGAGAGAGAUAUGCUGAAAGAACAGCUGGAGAAGCAAGGAAGAUUUUUGGAUCAACUUUCUGCAGAGGCCGAUAAAAAUGCUCAAGAGCGAGAUAAUAUUCGACACGAGUACAAUUUGCUAUUGAAAGAGUACAAUUUACUCAAGGAGCAGCUCAACAAGCUGAAGCAAGAGCUCAAAGUAUCAAAUCGAAACCUCAAAGAGAAAGAGACCGAAAUAAAUCAGCUGAAAGCGUUUGAGACUGACCGAAAUCUUCUUUUCGAAGAAAAUAACGCUGUCAAAGAAACGAACUCAAGGCUGAAAACAAGCUACUCAAAGCUCAAAAAUGACUACAACGAAAUCGUCGAUGAUCUCCGAAGCUUGCGAGUCAAGUACAACAGGUUCAAAGUCGAGCAUGCAAAAAUUGACGCGAACUAUAAACGAGUUCAAGCGCAGAAAACUGAGGCAGACCGAGAACUUCAAGAUUUUAACGAGAAAUAUCUUGUACUCCAGGAGCUGAAAGAAAAGAUCUCUCUCGAAAACUCAUUCCUGCAGAAACAGAACACGCAUCUCAUGGACGAGAACAAACUUUUGAAUACAGACACUCACAAAACCAAGGACAAAUACAACGAAGAACAGAAAAACUGGCAACAAAAACUUCAUGAUAUCCAAAGGCAAAAAGAAAGAAUCGAAGAAAAACUUCUUCAGGCUCAUCUGAAAUCACCAAGUCCGACCAAGCCCAAGAAGAACACUUUCCAGAAACUGAAAGAAACAUUCCGCCCGAGCAAGUCAACGAAGAGAAAAUCCGAGAAGUUAACGUUAGAGGCGACUCUGAAAUCUGAUACGUUCGAUGGAAGCCUUGCUACUGAUGGAAACUCAGUCAGAAAUCCAUCCGACAACACACUCGAUGGUUCAAUAAGUUCUUGUCCUUCUGAAGACGCUGGUAGAUAUCGACGAAUUUCUAACUCUGCUGCCGGCGAUUCCAGCCAACCCCUCACGCUAGAACACCUCGCUGACGACAAGGCAAAUGAAAAGCUAUCCAUGACUGAAUUUCUCGCUCUUCAUGAAAAAGAACUCACUUCAAGAGAAAACGAAAUUCCCGUCGCCGAGAGCACUCAACUAAACCAUCAAAGCAUACCUCUCUCUCGUGAAAACUCACACUUCGAAACAUCAUCCCGCGAGCCUUCACUUUUAGACGACGAAUUCAACAGAAGCAGGACAUCUAUCAAAUCUGCCUCGUCUCAAGAAAUCAUUAGAAUAUCGGAAGGUUCUCUAAGAAGGGCACCGAAUUUCCCAGUACCGAAAGAGCGCAAAAACUCAUCUGGUUCAUCAAGCAAUUCUGAGAUGAGAACAAUCUACAGUGGCGGAAAUGAAAACAAACCUCCACCGCCAUACAGACCUCCCUCUGAUAAUGAAGUUCGAAGCAGGCCACAUUCUUUAUCGGCGUCAUUUACCGGUCAUGAAUUAGCGCAAGUUGCGAAUAACUUGUCACCAACGUCAGGGACGAAUUCUCUUUCGCGAUCAAUGAACCCGGAUCCAACCCGUUCAUCGAUGGACCGUCUUACAGCAAGAAAAUCUAACUUCCAUACGCGUGACCGAUUUGCUGAGUCUAUGGCUAGACUGCGAGGAGAAAGCAACAGACUUUUCCCCGACCCGCGAACGAUGAGCCGUUCGUCGAGAGAAAGCUCUAGCAACACCCCGGACAAAGACAAAGAAAACCCCGACGACUUCCAAACACUUGGAUUUGUCUAG